AUGGUCGCCAUGUGCCUGGGCCGAGGCCGGACCACCAAGCAGAAUUGGUGCAUAUUUGGCGGACGAGCCUGGCACGCUAUCAAGGGUCUAAUAGCGGCGUCUACUUGCUGGGUCGUCCUGGAAGAUCGUGAACAAGGACAUUGUAUGCAAUACUGUUGCAUGCCUCCGCGGCGGAAGACGGCCAGGUGUACCGGGGACUAUGUUUGUACUACCGUAGCCAUGCACAAGCAGCAUCGUGGUGUGGUCCCUAAUCAGCCCGAGAUCGCGGUGAAGGGAACCCAACGUGAGAAAGGCUGGCCAAGCUUGAGUGUCCGUGCAAAUAGCGGUCUCAUCGGCGUGAAUGGACAAAAGGAAUAUCACCAUCCAGCUCUCAGGAGCUGUCGUCAACGGUUCCCCAACCGUCGUCAGCCACCAGCCAUUGGAUGGAUGCGCUAUGUUGAGUCGCAGGCUGCAGGGCUAGACAACGGGCCGAGUCAUAUCCCCCGUUUACUAGUACUAGUUGAUGGUGGCCAAGGAUGGCUUGCUGCGAGAAUGUCAAGGCCAGUGGAGCAAUCUCCUCCAGUACGGGCAUACAUGCAUGUAUUACCUCGGGGGGUUGAGUUCUCGCUGGAACAACCAAUGUUUGACUCCAAAUGCACUGCAGAAUAUUACACGGGAAACAAUUUGAAGCCUUAG